UCAGUCCGACGCAGCUCUCCGAACGACAAUCAGCAACAAUGACCGGACGCGGCAAAGGAGGAAAAGGUUUGGGAAAAGGAGGCGCCAAACGUCAUCGUAAAGUGCUGCGGGACAACAUCCAAGGAAUCACCAAGCCGGCCAUCCGUCGGUUAGCCCGCCGCGGUGGUGUCAAACGUAUCUCCGGCCUGAUCUACGAAGAGACCCGCGGAGUGUUGAAGGUGUUCCUGGAAAACGUAAUCCGCGACGCCGUCACCUACACCGAGCACGCCAAGAGGAAGACCGUCACCGCCAUGGACGUGGUCUACGCUCUGAAACGCCAAGGCCGCACUCUGUACGGAUUCGGGGGUUUUACUAUGGCACCAGGAGGUAAAUCCGCAGGCAAGGCCAUGAAGAAGUCCGGCAAGGCGCAGAAAAACAUCACCAAGUCCGACAAGAAGCGCAAGCCGAAGAGGAAAGAAUCGUACGGUAUUUACAUCUACAAGGUGUUGAAACAAGUGCACCCCGACACCGGCGUUUCCUCCAAGGCGAUGAGCAUCAUGAACAGCUUCGUCAACGACAUUUUCGAACGCAUCGCCGCCGAAUCCAGCCGUCUGGCCCACUACAACAAGCGUUCGACCAUCACCAGCCGGGAGAUCCAGACCGCAGUCCGUCUACUGUUGCCCGGUGAAUUGGCCAAGCACGCCGUCAGUGAAGGCACCAAGGCCGUGACCAAAUACGACGCGAAAACGUUGUCCGGGCAUCAUUCGACUUGUUUCAUCAGUCCGACGCAGCUCUCCGAACGACAAUCAGCAACAAUGACCGGACGCGGCAAAGGAGGAAAAGGUUUGGGAAAAGGAGGCGCCAAACGUCAUCGUAAAGUGCUGCGGGACAACAUCCAAGGAAUCACCAAGCCGGCCAUCCGUCGGUUAGCCCGCCGCGGUGGUGUCAAACGUAUCUCCGGCCUGAUCUACGAAGAGACCCGCGGAGUGUUGAAGGUGUUCCUGGAAAACGUAAUCCGCGACGCCGUCACCUACACCGAGCACGCCAAGAGGAAGACCGUCACCGCCAUGGACGUGGUCUACGCUCUGAAACGCCAAGGCCGCACUCUGUACGGAUUCGGGGGUUAAUUCCCGACGACCGUUCGCUUU